AUGUCUCAAGAAGUAUAUAAAAAAGUAGGACGGGGUGGAGCGGGGAAUUUCUAUAGUAAACAAGAUGUGGAGAAAAGCGAGGGGGUUGAGCAGGACAUCGAAGCCCAAUCCUCGUCUUCUGCUUCAAUAGCAACGAAAAAUAAUAAUAAAACUCCCUCUUUAAUCUCGCAGGCUCUUCGCGCAGUGGCUAGUGCUGGGCAUCCGCCUGAAUAUCAACAUACCGGCCGCGGCGGCGCUGGCAAUCUCACCUCACCCGCCUCCCUCCUUUCCUCGGGUCUCACUCAAACAACUACCUCCUACUCAAAUCCAACCAUCAACCCUGCGCCACCCUCUAGCUCCCCUAGGACCGUACGGAGUAGUAUGCAGAGCAUCGUUUACAAAGGCGGGAGAGGAGGCGCCGGUAAUUACGAUUGGGAAGGCGAAGAGGGGCUUAAAGUCACCGAGGAAAAGAAAGAGAUAGACGAUAAUGUGAAUGUGCAUGAAGCGAAUGCGAAAAAGGAAAGUGAGAUUGAGAAGAUGGUGGUAGAGGAUGUGGAUGGGGAGGGGGUGGGUGGGGUGAGAAAACCGGGGAAAGCGUAUGAUGUUUAUGCGGGGAAGGAGAGGGAGGGGAGGGGAAAGGGGGUCAUGGGUGGGGUGGGGGAGUAA